UUUCAAUGUAUGAGGUGUUUAUUAAAUUUAACUCGUUUAUAUAAAUGUAUAGUCAGUUAAAGUGUAGAGACUAAAACACACAUCAUGUAUACUAAAUUGACUUUUCUUAACGUGUUUCUGCUCGUUAGUGUUUUUUUGAUGUAUACUCCUGCCAAUGGUGGUUUACUAGGUCGUACUCUACAAGGUGCUCGACAAGUUGGAAACAAAGUUCUACAAGCUGGACAUCACGCUCUUCAGGAUGGACGACAAGUUGGACGCCAUGUUAUAUCUGCUUUAGAUAAAUUACUUCAUCCUCAUUCUGGAAUUCGAUCAAAACAACAGAACGAUUCUAAAGAAGAGAAGGAAACUGAUGUUAAUAAUAAACAAAAACAGCAAGACCUUAAAGUACAGAAAAAUCCUAACAAUUCUGAUGACAAAGGAAAACAACUGGAAGGUUCUAAACUAGAACAGAUGUCUGAUUAUGAUGAAAAGAAGAAACAUCAGGAAGAUUCUAAAGUAAGAGAAAAAAUUGAUAGUGAUCAAAAUCAACAGGGUGAUGCUAAAUUAGAUAAAAAUCAAGAUCGUAGUCGUAAAAUGUUUGAAAGUGGCGAAGACCGCAUCGAUGAACAUCAUCGUGGAAGGCUCGGAAUUGCUGAUUUCGAUGUUCAGAAAAUUAGUGAUCAAGAACAAAUUGGUUAUAGAAUUCCAAAAAUUGAUAGUAAUCGUGGUAGAGGAGUUUCUAAAAUUGGUGAUUUUCCUAGUCACGGACUUGGAAUCAGUUUUCCUGAUCAUGGGCUUCUUGGAUUAGACAGUACUACUCAACGAAGAAAACAUUACAAUCUCGAAAGCGAUCACGGUCGACUUGGAAUCGGUGGCAUUUAUGGUUAUGGGCUUCUCGGUAUAAAUGAUAAUCUUAGUCCUAGAGGUUUUGAAAUUAGUAGCGACCGUGAUCAGCGAUUUCUUACAACUGGUGAUCGAAAUCGUAAGCAUUUUGAAGUUUCUGGUGAUAAUAGUCGUGAGCUCUUUAGACUUCUUAAUGGUCGUGGUCACGAUCUUCGUAGAAUUUUUGAUGAUCGAAGUUACGAUCUUCUCGAUAGUGUUAAUGACCGCGACCGCGAUCUUCUCGGUAAUGUUGACAAACGUGGUCACGAUUUUCUUCGAAUCGCUGAUCGAAAUCGCAAGCGUCUUGAACUUACUGGUGAUCGUAGUGGUAAACUUCUUAAUGAUCAUGGUCAUAAUCGUUUUGGUACUGUUGAUGAUCGUGGUCGCGAUCUUCUUGGUACUCUUGGUAAUCGUGGUCGCGAUCUUUUUGGUACUCUUGGUGAUCGUGGUCGCGAUUUUUUUGAACACACUGGUGGUCGAAAUCGCAAGCUUCACGAACUUGCCAAUAAUCGUAAUCGGGAACUUGUAAUCUCUGGUAAUCGAAGUCACAAUUUUCUUAAAACAGUUGGUGAUCGUGGUAAGGAACUUCUUGGAUAUACUGGGGAUCGUGGUCGCAAGCUAUUAGAACUCGCUGGUGAUAAUAGUCGUGAACUUCUUGGACUUCUUGGUGAUCGUAGUCGCGAUCUUGUUCGAAUCGCUGAUGAUCGAAAUCGCAAGCGUCCUGAAGUAGCUGGUGAUAAUAGUCGUGAACUUCUUGGACUUCUUGGUGAUCGUAGUCGCGAUCUUGUUCGAAUCGCUGAUGAUCGAAAUCGCAAGCGUCCUGAAGUAGCUGGUGAUAAUAGUCGUGAACUUCAUAAACUUCUUGGUGAUCGUAGUCGCGAUAUUCUUGAUACCGUUGGUGAUCGAGGUCGCGAUUUACGUGGACACACUGGCGAUCGAAAUCGCGAGCUUCUUGAACUUUCCAACGAUCGUAAUGGGAAAGUUGUACUCUCUGGUAAUCGAAGUCACAGUCUUCUCGAAACUAUUGGUAAUCGUGGUCGUGAACUCUUUGGAUAUGCUGGUGAUCGUGGCCGCAAACUUCUUGAACUCGCUGGUGAUAACAGUCAUAAACUUCUUAGACUGCUUGGUGAUCGUGGUAACAAUCUUCUUGGCACUGUAGGUGAUCGUGGUCGCGAUGUUCUUGGCAAUGUUGAUGAUCGUGGUCGCGAUGUUCUUGGCAAUGUUGGUGAUCGUGGUCGCGAUAUUCUUGGCAAUGUUGGUGAUCGUGGUCGCGAUGUUCUUGGCAAUGUUGGUGAUCGUGGUCGCGAUCUUCUUGGCAAUGUAGAUGAUCGUGGUCGCGAUAUUCUUGGCAAUGUUGGUGAUCGUGGUCGCGAUGUUCUUGGCAAUGUUGGUGAUCGUGGUCGCGACCUUCUUGGUUCUGUUGGUGAUCGAGGUCGCGAUGUUCUUGGCAAUGUUGGUGAUCGUGGUCGCGAUCUUCUUGGUUCUGUUGGUGAUCGAGGUCGCGUAUAUCUUGGACUCAACGGUAAUCGAGGUCGCGAACUUCCUGGAAUCACCAGUAAUCAUAGAUAUAAUCUGCAAACGACUGGCGAUCUAAUUCGCGAACUUGUUAGACUCAUUGGUCUAAGAAGUCGCGGUCUUGAACUUGGAAUUGUUGAUGCUCUUGCUCGUGGUUUACUAAGACUUACAGACAUUUACAAAGAUAAAAUUGGUGGUUAUCCAAAUGUUAAUCAGCAAGAUCUUGGUUUGUUUGGUAUUGGUUUUCAUCAUCUUGAUCCUGGUAAACUUAGCCUUGCUCGACAAUACCAGGACAACAAACAGAAAUAUAAUAAGCAAACAAAAAGUUGACUUUCUUAUGAAAUUGAAAAAUAAAUACAUACAUAUUUCCAUUACUGACACAUUAGAAUAUUUUCAUUUGCGUGUAAAUUUUUAUAGUGUUGAACACUAUACUUUAUUAAGACACUAUUAAAUAUUGUGAAUAUUUUGUAAAAUGUUGUGUAAUAUUUGAUGUUUUUGUUGAGUGUAAUAA